GCAGUAAUUCUCUUUCAUUCCAGAAGGUCAUUCCAGCAAAACUACGCCUUUCAGAAAGCAGAAAAGAUCAACAUGAGGCCUCAACCCUGAAUGGUUCCUUAAUGCGCCCGCUUAUCUAGAACAUAGACAGCUCGGCCAUCUUCUUGGACAAGACUCUAUCUGCAGUAGUAAGGCGCCUCUUCUUAACAUCAUACGCUUCGGCCGCAUACAUACAUACCAUUUUGCAGUCAUCAGGCUUGGCGAGAAUAAAAAACAACACAGGCUUAUCAUUCGGGAUCCGCCCUAGACUAACUACAGACGUCUUUACCACUCGUUUCCGCUGGCUGGCUCACUACAGGAAGUCGGGUAAACGUGAGGUGAAAUCGCGGGGAUGAUGGAGCUUUUGGACGGCCGAUGGCUGCUCGACACACGGUCAGCACUUCUCGGAGUUGUCGUGUUUGUACUGUUGUUCCGGUAUCUGCGUGGCGGGCGCCGGUGGAAUCUCCCCCCGGGACCCAGUGGCUGGCCGUUGCUGGGCUAUCUUCCUCAACUCGCCUUUUCGGGAGACGAUCCGCAUGUAGCGUUAUCAAAGCUGGCCUCAAGAUACGGCAAUGUCAUCAGCAUGAAUUUGGCGGGACAUUUGGUGGUGGUCUUGCACGGCUACGACACCAUAAAAGAGGCCUUCAGUCAGCAGCAGCUCAGCGCCAGACCCCGGCUGUACACCAGCGAGAAGGUUCGGCCUGGUGUGGGUGUGAUCACUUCAUCUGGAGACACUUGGACGGAGCUACGGAGGUUCGCCUUGACCGUCUUGAGGGGGCUGGGCGUGGGCAAGUCGAUCUUCGAGGACAACAUCGCCACGGAGGCAGAGUUCUUGAUGGAGGAGUGGAAGAAGCACGAAGGAACAGCGUUCAACCCUCGGCACUCCAUAGCCAACGCCGUGUCCAACGUCAUCUGCUCAGCCGUCUUCGGUCGUCGGUUCCAGUACACCGACGCGGUCUUCAGGCGUCUCCUCAAAUGCAACGAUGACAUCGCUGAGGGAGCCGGCACCGGGGGCGCCCUCGAAUUCUCGUGGUUCAUCUCGCGGCUCACCUUCCUGCCGUUCGUGAGCAAGUACGUAGCGUCUGUCCGGCAGUCGUACAACACGAUCAGCUCCAUGGUUCGGGAGCACAAUCGAGACUACGACUCUCAGGACCUUCGAGACUUCAUCGAUGCCUUCCUAAAGAAGAAAGAGGAACAACAGGGCUCAUCAUCGUCUGUGUUCCUUGACGAGAAUCUGAUGAAUGUGGUCGGGGACCUUUUCUUCGCUGGGAGCGAGACUACGACGACCACUCUCCGCUGGAUGCUUCUCUACAUGAUGCUAAACCCAGAGGUGCAGACCCGGGUGCAGAGAGAACUGGAUGACGUCACCGGACGCAAUCGGUUCCCGAGGGUGAGCGACAAGCCGCAGCUUCCGUACACGGAGGCAGUGAUCUGCGAGCUACAGCGGGUAGCCACCAUAGCGCCCCUCGCAGUCCCGCAUUCUUGUAGUGAGGACACCAAGAUACUGGGAUAUGACGUACCAAAGGGCACCAUUCUUGUCUCCAACCUGUGGUAUGACCACUUCGACCCUACGAUAUGGGAAGAUCCAACGGCAUUUCGACCGGAGCGAUUCCUGGACCCAGACGGCAAGCUAGUCAGUCGUGAGGAGCUCAACCCGUUUGGAAUAGGCCGGCGCAUCUGUCUCGGAGAGCACUUGGCCAGGAUGGAGCUCUUCAUCUUCUUCACCCGUCUCCUGCAUCACUUCACCUUCAAGAAACCCGAGGAUGCUCCUCCCUUGUCACUCAACGGAAUCAGCGGUGGCACCUGGUCACCUGUGAACUUCCAAGUUUGUGCCAUGUCACGGUCGUGAGACUGCUAUAAUAAGUACAACAUUGUUCUGAUUAGGCCUAUUGUACCGUUGGGACGGAUAACCGUGUACCCGAUACUCGACUGAAAUUGUGUGGUAUAUACCAUAAAUCAGUGAGGUAGUGCCUUGAAUGCAAUUUGAACAGAAACUUUGAACAGAAACCCCCAAAUGAACAGUGUCUUCCUGAAAUGACAUCACAGCAACAUCACCCUCAUUAUUUUGUCACGCAAAGCAUGGGAAGUUUUUCAAAUGUUUUAAAACUUGCACUUUUCAAUAAAAUUAACCCAAAUGGGAUGUCAUUUUUUUUUUAUAUAAUUUAAGAGGAGUAGAAAGUUGUACAAAUUGUGUUUCUUAUAAUUCAUCGAAUGGACCUUUUGAUACCUGCGAUUCGUGAUGAUGCGGCUGGUUUUAUAUUAGAAGUCAUUUUAUAUAACAGGGCCAUGGCCUUGAGGGUUAAACCUUGGCCUUAGUCUUAAAUUUGUGUUCUGGAUCCGCCCUUGCUUACAUGUUCAUGGACAUAAUAUAAAAUGGCAUUUUAAAUGUGAUAUGCAAGAAGUUGGUUAUUAAAUUUACCCGUUGAAAUUUUGUUUUCUGUUUCGACUAUUGAAGGCGAAUUGGCAUUUUAAAUGUGAUAUGCAAGAAGUUCGUUAUUAAAUUUACCCGUUGAAUUUUGUUUUCUGUUUCGACUAUUGAAGGCGAAUUGAGAUUAAAAGACUUCUUUACUCCUACGAUAUUUUA